CGCAGCCGGAAGCCCCGUGGGCGGGCAGCGGUGGCGGCCGCGGGAGCGGCGCUGCCCCCGGCGCUGCGGCAGCUGGGGGAGGAGGCCGCUGGCCCUGCCGCCAUGGGAGCGGAGCAGAGCGCAGAGGCCGAGAGCCGGCCGAGAGAACCCAAUAGCUCCGCAUCUCCAUCGCCAGCUAAGCAGCGAGCGAAAAUGGACGAUAUUGUGGUGGUAGCCCCAGGAACACAGUCCUCACGGAACGUCAGUAACGAUCCAGAUGUCAUAAAACUGCAGGAAAUUCCAACCUUCCAGCCCCUCUUGAAAGGCCUCCUCAGUGGGCAAACCUCUCCUACCAACACCAAACUGGAAAAGCUGGACCCCCAGCAGGUGCUACAGCUGUGUCUACGAUACCAAGAUCAUCUUCACCAGUGUGCAGAAGCAGUUGCCUUUGAUCAGAACGCCCUUGUGAAGCGGAUCAAAGAGAUGGACCUCUCCGUGGAAACUCUUUACAGCUUCAUGCAGGAGCGCCAGAAGAAGUAUGCCAAGUAUGCAGAGCAGAUCCAGAAGGUGAAUGAGAUGUCUGCCAUCCUGCGCCGCAUUCAGAUGGGCAUUGACCAGACGAUCCCACUGCUGGAGCGGCUCAACGGCAUGCUGCCGGAGGGCGAGAGGCUGGAGCCAUUCAGCAUGAAGCCUGAGCGGGAGCUCAGGUCCUAGCUGGGCAGGCAGGCUCCCUCUCCUUGCUUUCCACACUCCAGCGUCCUGCACAGACGUGCUCCCGGCACAGACGUGCUCCCAGCAGGCUGCCCUGGCAGAUGUUGGAAGCGCACGGCAGCGCCGCCUGACUCUCUGCCAGAGCACUGGAGGAAGAGCAGCGUCAGCUGCCAGAACUGCACAGCCAGGAAUCCAGGAGCUCCCCAGUCCUGUUUGGAUAAAAUGAUUUACUGUUCCUACAUCUCCCUCCUCUUGCCCUCUUGCCCUCCUGCCUCCUAGACCACGGCCACCUCCUGUGCAGAGACAUUUGUUUCGUUGCUGACUGGAUGGGGGUUUAGAGAGGAGGAGUUUGCUUCCAGCUGACCUUUUAAUUGCAUUUUUUUUAAACUAGAGAAAUUCAAAGGGAUAUGGGGUGUGACAAACCCUCUGAGGUGGUUUUUGUGCUACAAUGAGAUGGCUGGCAGAUAUUUCUGAGCUUCCCUGGCUUUGGAAGUGUGUGUGUUUUAUAGGUGGAAGUGUGGAAGCCAGGAAUUAGCCUAUUAAAAUCUGCCUAUUAUCAUAAUGAACAUGGUUUGCAUGGCAGGGUUUUGGCAUGUCCUUCUUAAGGCUCCUGGCUUUAUGGGCUCACUAAUUUAUGAGGCUAUAAAGGACUAACUGUUGUAGAUCUGUGUGUCUGGUAAUGUUCAGAAAGCUUUAGUGUUCCUCUGGAUGUCCCUGUGCCCCAGCUGCUGUAGGGAGACACCCCCCACCUUGUGUCCUUCACCUUGCAUGGUGAUUCUGACAGGCUCUGGCGCUGGCCUGCUCACUUUGCAUCCCAGAGUUGGACUUGAGGUAUCCAUUUUUUCCUGGCUUUAUUAGGGCACUCCAGUUAUCUUGGUGCUGUUGGUUUUUUACUUUCAAGUGUGUGAAGUUUGAGGAGGGAAACACAAGAAGCCCUUUGGGUUUUGCCUCAGCAUAGGUGCUGUCAUGCUGCAAGUUCACCUGAGCUCAGUGUUCAGCGACUGAAACCAUCUGGCCCUUUGGGACUGCACUCAGAGAAUUGCUCACAGGGCAGCAGAAUCUUCUUUUGCCUUCUCCCUAGCUGAGCACCCCAUGGGAAGGCAGACAGUGUGUUCACACUGCCCAGGUGCUGGGUUGGCCUGUAGGAGAUGGGUUGGUUGCCAAGUCUGCCCCUGGUCUGCUGGCUGCGGCAGCACUGUCCAAGCCUUGUAUAAAACAGGGGAUGGUUUACACAGUGCUGUAAAAACACAGAUUUAGAAACAUAGCUCAACAGCUGGGAUCACCUUUUUGUGGCAGCUCUUGUCCACAGCAGAAAAAGCUUGAAAGCAGAAGUGAGGAGCCCAGGGUUUGUUGGACCAAGGGUAGGUUUGCAUUUGUUACAUUAGUCCUGGGAUGCUUUUGCUGGUGAGGAGGCCAAAGUGUGCCCAGGAACCCCAAGGACUGUGAGAAGCAUAGUUCUAGCAGUGAGAGUAGCCCUCUUUGUGAGAGCUGAGUGCAGCCCAGAACAAAGUGAGAUGACUUACCAAAGGCAACUUGCUUUGAUACCUCUCAAGUACUUAAGAGCACUUAAUCAGCAAAAGAUGGUCUCUGAGCAUUUGGGAAUAAGAGCACAGUAAGUUUUGAUGGUAUUAAUAAUUGCUUGGUGGCAGGAGGCAGCAGGCCCUUCUCUCACUGCACACUCAAAGCCCAUGUAGUCCAGAGUGAACUUCCAUGAUGCAGACCACAGCCAACUGCAGUGCAUAUCUGGACCAGAGUGGUACUUGGACCCUAGGACCUGCUUGAACACUGUCUGAAAGCAGAGUCGCAGAGAAAGUAAGUCCCCUGGGAAUAGCAGUUGACUGCUUUAGAGAGGGCAAGGAACUCGGCAAGAGAUUUUCUAGUGAUGGCCCCUGAGGGGGCUGUGUUGUCAUCUGUGGCCUCCACCCCAGAGUCAUGACACGGUUGUAUCUACACAGGCUAUUCUGGAUGUUACACAGGAUUUAACAUGAGGCUUCCACCCUACAGUUUGCAACUUGGUUUGUUAAAGAAGACUGAAUACAAAACUUAACCCAUGCAAACCUGCUUAUCAUGGCCAUCCCCCCGAGGGUCCUUAUUGCCCAUCACAGAAUGCCUUUGCCUCCCACCGUCAGACGCACCAGAACAUUCAGCAGCUUUAAAUAGCAGCUGCAGGCGUUUUUGUGCUCCUUGGCCAGAUGAUGCUGUCUGCAAGUUCAGAAUGUGCAGCCUUCAGCUGUCUGCCAGACAGGAUUGUGGAUACCCCACACCCUGGCAUGCUGGAAGCCUAUACCAGUGGGAAGAUCCUGACACUUCAUCUCCAGGCAGAGGCUAAGCUGCAGAUGCACUCUCUCAUAAAGUUCCUCGAUGUGUCUGGCCUCAUGCUAAUAAGCAUCAGAUCAAAACAUUGCUUCUUGUGGUGCUAAUGAGGGCAAGCAAAGAGCCUUCCUGUCUGAGGGCUGCAGAUCAACUCCUUCCUUAUUUGCUGUAGAACACCCAGGCAAGGGGCUGACAGUGGGAGAAAAUGCUUCCUAUCAACACUGCCCUUCAAGCUCAGGGAUCUGCUGCUGGGCCUGCCAGCUAGCAUUCUCUCAGCAGCAAAACACUGCUAGCUUAGCUGGAAAGAGAUAGGAGGUGCAAUGUGAAGGCAAGCAGGUCAUCACCCUCUUUUCAGAGGUGCUGAAGGGCUGUGUGGGUCCUGUGAGAUGGUGUGUGUCCCCCAGCUGUGUUCACAUGGUGGUUUACAGCUCUAUUUAAAACGUGGUGACUGGCUUCAUUAACUGUAAAGCCUUUGGACCCCUUGCUGAGGGGAAGACCUCUCCUGCUGUCUGCUGCUUGGCUGCUCUCUGUGCUUCGCUCUCUGCACUGCUGUUGGCUGCACCUCAGAUGCAGACAAUGGCCAAGGUGAAGCUGUUGUUUUGCUCCCCACUGCUUAGCAGAGGAUUGAAGUUGUGACUGGAACUAACCUUUCUGCUUCUGAAUUUUCCUUUCCAAGCCAAAUGCUGUUGGAGAAGGCCUCAAGUAUCUUUCUCUCAUGAAUCUUAAGAGCCAUUAUGUCUACCACAGAGUUUGCACUAUCAGCAGAGAAUAAUCUGGUGUGCUCUGCUCAGAACAAACCUUUCUGCUCCUCUGCUGUUUGUGGUGGUGUGGGCUGGGGUAAAGGUGCUGCCUCUUGCUAUGCAACCUUCUGAAAAGCUGGAGGACAGGACAAGUCUAGGAGACUGUGGUACACUGCUGGCCUGAGCUGCUCUCAUUCUUCAUCUGCCUCCACCAUUGUCACCCCUGCUUUGUUCUGCUGCUGGUGCUUGCUGCAUCCUCCCUUGCUCAGUGUGAGACACAGGCAGAAGAGGUUUGCUUUCUUGUUUCCCUUGGGUUUGUUAUUUAAUGCAUUGUCAGGGUGCUGAAGUGCCAACCUAGCUGCAGGGCAGUUCUGUGAAGAUCUGGUGAAGGGGAUAAAAAGGAAGUUUGGAGUUGUUUUUUUUAAAUAUGUGUAUUUAAAAUUAAAUCUAUUUAAAUACCUGAAGUGUGUUUUCCCUUCCUUGGAGAUUUCACACAGAAAGCAGCAGUGGCUGUUUCCACAGGCCCAGUCACUGUGUGAGCCAGCUCCUCAAUGACUGUGUGCCAGUGGUUUCCUGCUGUCAUAUCCCUCCUGUUCUGAGCUGCCAGAAUGCAUUCUGAUUACCAGCCCUGUGGCUGAGUGCUGCUUGGUUUAUGGGUGGUUAUCCUGUCUGCAGAUGUGCUCUGCUUUCAGCUCUCUCCAUGCCAUGUGUUCCACAGCUCCUCCAGCAUUAAAACCUCUACAAUUGCUAUUU